CUCAGAAGACUCGUAAAUUUUUUCGAAAGCACUGCAAUUCGCGGAUUCAUUGCCAUUCGUUUAUGCAAAAUAACCACUGCGAACAUCGCCGUGUACCGCCGCAACUAAUAGCAGCUAACCUGGCUUUAAUCGACCGCUCCUGGGCGUAUAAAAAAACGCUUCAAUUUCUUGGCCAUCGUUUUCGGCCCGCCGCGUGUGUGUCGUUGUGUGAGCGUGUGCAUGUGAGUGCCCGCCCGCCCGUCUCUGUGUGUGUGCCCAUCGGCUUGUGUGUGUGUGUGUCUCAGUGUGUGCAAUCGUGGUGGUGAGCGCUACUGCCGCCGCCGCAACAACAACAACAAAAAAAGAAAACCGAAAUCGACAAAUGCGGUCAAAUUGAAAAGAAAAACAAAAAGAAAAAAGUAUUCUCGGCCAAAGCAAAGCCAAAAAGCACAAGCCAAAAAGAAAAACGCUGAAUCCCACGGAAAAGCCGGAAAAAUUGCCUUCUAGGCGUGUCGCUGCUCUGCCCGCUGCUGCUUCUUCUUCGCUCGCCUCAGUCGCUUCAAUUUGUUUAUGCUGCCCAAAAGUGAGAAAGAGAGAGAGAGAGCGAGAGCAAGAGCGCACUCUUAUCAACGGGACGGACCACUUUCUUAUCAGACCCGCCAGCCGCCUGCCGCAGAUUGUUGCGAAAAGUUCCAAAUAACAGGAAUUAUUAGGAAGCCGCAUUAACCGGGCUGGAAAUAGCGCAGAACCGAAUUGGAAAUUCAAACAAACAGAUAUCUUACUGACAGCGAAUUGGUCAUUUUCAUUUGGAGAAGCCCUAAGAUUAAGGAUAUCCAUUGACCUGCAGUCCCACCAGCAUUCAAUCAAGCGCAAAUCGGUCAAAAACUUGAUAGAAGAGGUCACAUUUUCGGCUAUUUCUUGCUAAAAAUACCAAUUUUUGAAACUAAAUGACGCCUGUGUCUGAAUCCGAGGAGACCCUGCUGCCACAUACCGCAACGCUGGACGCAGACGACGGCCACAAAUUAGCCAGCCAUUUGCAGAUUUGCAAGUCUAAGCAUUAGUCCCCAGGACCUUGAGCGAAAAAAGGAGGAAGAAGCACUCCCACAAAACACACAGGACGAGGAAAACAUCAAACGAAAGGACCCAGCAAUAGGAACAACAACAAACAACAAACAUUUAACUAACAAACUCAGCGUGUGUGUGCGUCUGCGACUAUUUUUUUCGAGAGCGCCAAAGGAUUCAUUAAAAAACCGCCAACCUGGAACUAAUGGAAUUAGAGAAUAUUGUGGCCAAUACGGUCUACUUGAAAGCGAGAGAGGGUGGUUCCGACAGCAACAAGGGAAAGAGCAAAAAAUGGCGCAAAAUAUUGCAAUUCCCACACAUAUCGCAAUGCAUAAACCUGAAAGACAAACUAGAUAUAAGCUAUGGCUACGUGAUAGAUCAACAACCCAUUGGUCGUGAGCUCUUUCGCCUGUUUUGCGAGAACAAGCGGCCCGUUUACUUUCGCUACAUCACCUUCCUAGAUCAGGUGGUCAAAUACGAAAUCGAGUAUAUCGUUAACCGCAUAUUCAUUGGCCAUGACAUCGGGCGACGCUUCCUGGAUGUGGAGCCGCAGCCGGAGCUACGCAAUGGAAGCGGUGGCGAUGCCCUCGAUGCCGAGACGCAGGAGGAGCUGCUGCUCAACAGCAGCAAUGCCAAUCCAACUGAAACAGCUGAGACUGAACACUGCAACAAUACCACCGCCAACAACUGCAACAACAUCAACAACAGCAACAGCAACACCACCACCACCAAUUCGCACAGCAGCAACAUCAAUCACAAGAAGCUGGACACACGCAAUCACAACGGCGACGAUGCCACCGGGAACGGGAGCAACGACGACGGAGAUGAGGGCGUCGAGUGCCUGGACAGCCACGAUGACAAUGGAGCGGAGAAGGGCGGUGGCGAGGGAGGCGGCGGCGGAGGAGUAGAUGGUGGCGGUGGUGGAGUAGGAGUAGGAGGAGGAGUUGGUGCUGGGAAUGGCACAACUGCCGGGGGAUCUGCCGACGAACUCGUGCUGGACGUGCUCAACGAUGAUCUCAUUGCGCAAGUGCGUAAUAAACUCAAUAGCGGCGGCAAGGACAUCUUUGGCCAGUGCGUGACCGCAGUGAAAGCGUUUCUAGCCGGUGAACCGUUCCGGGAGUUUGAAAACUCUAUGUAUUUUCACAGAUACUUGCAAUGGAAGUGGCUGGAGGCACAGCCAAUCACCUAUAAAACGUUUCGCAUGUACCGAGUCCUGGGCAAGGGUGGCUUCGGGGAGGUGUGCGCCUGUCAGGUUCGGGCCACUGGGAAAAUGUACGCGUGCAAAAAGCUGGAGAAAAAACGCAUCAAGAAGCGAAAGGGCGAGUCGAUGGUGUUAAUCGAGAAGCAGAUACUGCAGAAAAUCAACUCGCCAUUCGUGGUUAAUCUGGCCUACGCGUACGAGACGAAGGAUGCCCUCUGCCUGGUCCUGACCAUAAUGAAUGGCGGCGAUUUGAAAUUCCACAUUUACAACAUGGGUGGCGACCCGGGAUUCGAGCUGGAGCGUGCCCGCUUCUAUGCCGCCGAGGUGGCCUGCGGCCUGCAGCAUCUUCACAAGCAGGGCAUCGUCUACCGGGACUGUAAGCCGGAGAAUAUCCUCUUGGAUGAUCAUGGCCACGUACGCAUCUCUGACCUGGGCCUGGCCGUUGAGAUACCCGAGGGCGAGAUGGUUCGCGGCCGGGUGGGCACAGUGGGUUACAUGGCACCCGAGGUCAUCGAUAAUGAGAAGUACGCCUUUUCACCGGAUUGGUUUAGCUUUGGCUGCCUGCUGUACGAGAUGAUCGAGGGACAGGCGCCGUUCCGGAUGCGCAAGGAGAAAGUUAAGCGGGAGGAGGUGGACAGACGCGUUAAGGAGGAUCCCGAAAAGUAUUCGAGCAAGUUUAAUGAUGAAGCCAAAUCAAUGUGCCAACAGCUGUUAGCUAAAUCGAUAAAGCAGCGCUUGGGCUGCCGCAACGGACGCAUGGGGGCCCAGGACGUGAUGGCCCACCCGUUUUUCCACUCCACCCAGCUCAAUUGGCGCCGGCUGGAGGCUGGCAUGCUGGAGCCGCCCUUUGUGCCAGACCCGCAUGCCGUUUACGCCAAAGAUGUGCUAGAUAUUGAACAGUUCUCGACGGUGAAGGGCGUCAAUAUCGAUGACUCGGACACGAAUUUCUAUACGAAAUUCAACACGGGCUCCGUGUCCAUUUCGUCAAAUGAAAUGAUGGAAACCGAGUGCUUUCGGGAGCUGAACGUAUUCGGUCCGGAGGAGUGCCCAACGCCAGAUUUGCAGAUCAAUGCAACGCCCGAACCGGACAAGGCGGGAUGUUUCCCCUUCCGCCGGAAGAAGAAGCAACCGGCUCGCACACAGCCCAUACCCAUUCCCGAGCAUCUGUUAACCACUAGUCACAGCGUGUCCUCCACGACGGUCGAGAGCUGAUAGCAUAGAUUAGUCGAAGAAGCCGCUAAGCGGAGGACGGAGGAGCCUGGCGAAGAUAAAGAAGGAGUCAUCGUCGACACAUAGCACAAAUUGCGCACAGUUACCCCCCCAGAUGGGGGUAUUCAGCCGAAGGACAUCGUAGCACAACAACAACCUAACGCAAUUACAAAACCCACAAAACUCAGUUGACGCGCAAGAAGCAUUUUUGAAAUUGUAUUUUUACAUCAACUUUUCUAAUGAAAUUGCGAGCUGAUUUCGAUGACUACACACGCACAUAUAUAUAUUUAUAAAUGUUUCCAAAAAGACUCUCCUCUCCAUACAGAAAGAAAGAAAGCACACAUUAGAGCGUUACUUAAUUGAGAAUGUGGUUUCGAUAAUUACCACUCACUAAUCGACUUUGAGAGCUAAUAGCACUUGCAGCGCAAAGGCGAACUUUUGUCACAGCACCCCCCAAAAAAAGAAGAUAAUGUUACUUAAAAUACGAGCGCUAUUUAAAUAUCUAUAAAAAAUUGAUCAUCUAAAACAUGCAUUACCAUCAACCAGGAGCUGUAGCUGAAGCAGCACCGGAAGCGGAAGCGGAAGCAAAGUAGAGGCAACGCCAGCAGAAUAAUUUGUAAUUUUUGUAAAGUAGCUUGUGCUCAACGGGAACAGCGUUGGAAGAUGCUCGUUCUUGUUGGCAUUUGUAAGUUAAGCAAGUGACAUGAAUACUCGAAAACUUGAAUGCAUUUUUAACAAAUACUUAACACACACACACACAUGCUACUAUAUCUAAAAGCAUAGAUACGGACAUACACAUGAUGUGUAUGUGGAUUGUACAUUUUAAAAAGAAACCUAUAAUUAUUUAUAAACGACUUUUAAUUUUUAUUGCCGCACACUUUUGCUAAGCUUCUCAUCUAUAUAUUGUUCUUAAAGCCUUUUCUGUUGUCUAAGUUUAAGUUGGAGAUAUUACUGAUAUUUGUUUUGUCAUGCAAUAAAUUUAACAACAACAAGUUAUGCUAACUAAUGCUAA